AUGCAUAGAUAUAAAAUAAAUAUGACACUGGGAUACCACUAAUAUGGAAGUUAUUAUCGAGCAGAGAGCUUAGAAAAUGGUGAAAUGCAUUUAAUAGAAGAGCAUAAUAAGAAAUGCAGUACUUGGGAAGAAUGCAUCUCUAUUAGAUAGGUGAAAGUUCUUAGAGUGCUGAAUCACCCAAAUAUCAUCAAAAUAAAAGAGAUUAUUAGAUAGGAUAAAUAAUUAUUCUUAGUAUUCGAAUACUUUGAAACAAACCUUAGCCAGUAUUAUUAAAGUUUUGCAGAUAGCCGCAAAAAAAUUAGUGAAGAAUAAAUAAAAAAAAUAAUUUACUAAAUUGCUUUAGCUUUAAAUUAAUGUCACCUAAACGGAAUAAUGCAUAGAGAUCUCUCUCCUGAGAAUAUAUAUGUCACAAAACAAAAUAGGAUUAAAGUAGGAUAAUUUUCUAAUGCAGAAUUUCAAAAUAAACACAAUAACACAGCAUAUGUCACUAGCAGAUACUACGAGUCUCCAGAAUCUAUCCUAAAAUAAUAGUAGAAUACAAAGAUAGAUAUUUGGGCACUAGGCUGUAUAAUGGGUGAGCUUUAUUGCUUGAAUCCAUUAUUCGCAGGUAACUCCGAAAUAGAUUAACUUAUGCAAAUACUUAAAAUUAUUGGCAUUCCAAAUCACAAAGAGUAUCCUGAGUUUCAUACUCUGUGCUAGUAGAAGUAAAUUAAGAUUUUACCUUCUCAUGAAAGCAUGAAAUUACCUUCUAUUAUUCCACAAGCAUCUUCUGAAGCUAUUGAUUUAUUGUUUAAAAUGCUGAAUAUAAACCCUUCUAAAAGAAUCAGUAUUUAAGCUGUACUUUAGCAUCCCUUUUUUUCAGAAAUUAAUCAGAAAAAAUUAGAUUAGAGUCUUUAAAAAUAAUAAUAAUAUCUUUAAAAUUAGUCAGAUAAUAAGAGUCGAAAUAGCUUCUCUUCUUAAAGUAAAAAAUAAAGUUCCAGAAUUUAACUUCCUUAUAAUUCCUAAACGAAUACAGAUGAUAAUUUUAACAUAGAAUAACAACAAAAAACAAAAUCUUAAUAAUCAUCAACAUCAAACUCAUUUUCUUUGAUACCUGCAGUUUCAGCUCCAUAAAAAACAUAAGAAUCUUCUUAAUCUUCAUUAUAAAAUGAACAAGAUUCUCCUACUAAUAAUCAUGGAAAAAGAUUAAGUAAAUUUGGAAUGCUAAGUUUACCCAAACUUUCUGAUUUGGUUCCAAUAUCAUCAUUUUCUUAAUAUUCUCAGAAAUCAAGAAAUUCUCACGAAAACAUAAAAAAUUCAUAAUAAUCAUAGUCUGACUGCUAAUCAGAUGAUUCCAACGAGAAUAAUGAUAAAUUUAUUAAAGAUUUUGAAGAUAUUAAAUUAGCUAAAUGA